GGGGGGCGAUGCCCAGUAGGAAGCGGAAGCGGUUAUGGAAUGCAGCAUGCGCAUCCUUCCCAGAUGAGACACCCCUCCAGCUAAAAAAAUCAAAUGUCAGGGCAUCAGUCGCUGGUACUUCAAUUUCCAAUUCCUGGCUUAGGUGUGGGGAUGGAUUUCAGAGCACUUCUGUGCUUGAGUCUCUGAAACCUACUGAUAAACAAGCCAGGAUUAAGAAGCAUCUUGCACCACUGCUAACAUCCGCUGAAAGCACAGUAGAAUCUUCUGCUGCCGCAAGCUCAAAGGAGUCCGAGGACAUAAUAUGGAGCUCUAGUGGCAGUGAUUUUUCAGAUGAUGAAAAAACUCCAUCAAUUUCAAGGUUAUGCAAUGAAAAAAGUCAUACUUCUAAAGCAGAGAAAUCGUACAGCAGACCUGAUUUAUUGUCAGAAGACAGAAGUGGUGAAGAUGAACCCCAGUUCAUUGAGUGGGAGAAGGAUAGUGAUUCCAGUGGUAGGUGUGAUGGAUCAGAAGGCAAUGAUGGUUGCCUGGAAAUAUCAGACUCUGACUCCUGUGCAGAUCAAAAUUCUUUGCCUGACAAGGAGGAGAAUGAGGGCCUUUAUAAGACAACUUCAACAGAAAUUUUCGAAUAUUCAUCUGAGAAUGACAGUGUGGAAGAAGAAGAAAUGGGCACGGAGACGGCUAGUCCAGGAUUCACUAAGAGAUUCCAGCUGAGCUCAGCACUGGACGAAGUUCCAGCGAGAGCUGCCAGUGACUGGCUGAGGUCGGCGCAGGCCCUGCUGCAGACGCCCAAGAAGCAGCCGGACAGGCCCUCGAGGACUCCUGAGGACUCCGCCAAGAAGAGGAAAUUACUGAGAGGAGGGCUUGCUGAGAGGCUCUGUCGGCUGCAGAACAGGGAGAGGGCUGCCAUCAGCUUCUGGAGGCAUCGCUGCGGGUCGGAGGCCGAAAUCCCACCAGAUAAAUCUGGCGUCCUGAUCGUGAAGAUCUUGGAAGUGUUUGAGGAGUGUACGAUGCAAGUCGCGGUCUGCGAGCAGCUGCAGGAGUCCCYGGCUGCCACUGCCUCCCAAGAGCUUGUCACCAGCCCGGCAGACCCGCUGCUCACAGUCCUCUUCACGAGGGAGACAGCAGCGCACCUGAGGAGCGGGCCGCAGGACGUCGUGCACAUCUACCCUCCGUGGCAAAAGCUACUUCUCCGCAAUACAAAUGUUCCCGUGAUCAUGAAUACCUACUUCAGUCAGAAGGUGCUUAGUGGGGAACACUUAGAGGCAAAAGAGAAGGCACACGGCUCUGCAAAGAAGCUUAUUAGGAAGAAUGUUGUGUCUUUGGCACAUACAUUUAGGUUAAUUGACCCCAAAGAUGAUCGACCCCAGGAAUCUGCAGAAAAUCAGGUGACAGAGAGCACCCAAGGCCAUGCCAAGGGCGAUUCCAGACAGCUCCCCUUGGCCCUCAGUGCCGUGAACGACUCCCUGCUGGAAAUGGUGGAAAGCCAGGGAGCGGUGGGCUGGAGAGAGGUGCAGGUCCGAGUGGCCGUGCAGAGGGUCUACUGGCUGCCUGCGAGAGGGGCUGGCGGCUGCCAGGCUCCGGAAAACCACCCUGCUCCUGCGGCAUCCGUCGGGAAUUCAGAGCAGCCAAGGGCUCGGUUAUGUCUCCUUGUCCAGGAUGCCUAUGGGAUGUUCAGCGAAGUGCAGCUGCAGGUCCUGGAUCCUGCAGAAGACAUUGCACAGUAUUGCAGGAGAUGGGAAGGAAAAUUCUGCUGCUUAGCUGGAAUGAAAGUUGUGCAGAGAGCCACACGAGCAAGGGCAUUAGGACUUUUUAGUCUGAUAGACAGCUUGUGGCCUCCAGUAGUGCCUGUAAAAGUUCCCGGGCAAAGUCAAGACUCUGAAAUGAUGACAACUAAUCUUCCUCCUCCCAGCUUCUGUUACGUUCUUACCGUACAGUCUGGUGAAAUACAUAUGAAAGUAGAUGAGGAAGAAGAGAUUGCUAAUUUGUACCAACCACCAGUUGUUCAUGGUCUAAAGGAAAUUUUUCAGAUGGACCGUUGUAAUGUACGCUGUAGCUUUUGGGCACGAGUGCUGUAUCUGCGUCUUCAGACAAAACCCAGUGUUCCUAUAAAUCAAAGGGAGAUUUGGCUGUUUGUGACUGACUUCACAUUGCAAAACGUGGCUCCUGCAGCUCCGAAAGUUGCUGCUGUGUCCGUUGCUGCUCCGUGUGUUCUCGGCACGGAGGUGAGGGAAGCGCUCGCGGCCGCCUCGCGCUUCGUCUUCUUCAGGGACGCCCUGUGGGGAAAGGGUAGGAUUAUUUGUGUUGAACGUACUGUUCUCCUGUUACAAAAGCCUCUUUUGUACUCGGCUGCCGGUGCUGACCUCAGGGAGCUGACUGGCCCUGUCAAACUCGACGAGCUGGAUUCUACCACACAGGCCAAUUCCAUCUGUACUGUAAGAGGCACUGUUGUUGGGGUUAAUGAGAGCACUGCCUACUCCUGGCCUACCUGUGACAGGUGUGGCAAUGGAAAAUUGGAACUUUAUCCCCAGGACAGCAAAUUGCUGUAUUGCAACCAGUGCUCUGAAGUUGUAAUUUCACCGGUUACAAAAAUGCAGCUGGAAGUCUUCUUGAGUUGUCCAUCUCGAUCUCAAAGUACAGUAAAAGUAAAGCUGUUACAACAGACAAUCUCGUCUCUGCUGACGUCUUCCCCCAAUGAGGAUGGGAGCUACGAGGUGCACCGCGUGCUGGGAAGGGAGGUGGGUCUGCCCAGCUGCUACGUCCAGGCCGCGGGCGGCCGCCCCGACCGCGUCGCGCUGGAGGAAAUCGCGCUGAGCGGCGGAGGCGCCGCCGGCAGCACCGCCGCGCGUGGCGUGGCCGCUGCCCGCUAA